AUGUCUGAAAAUAAGAAAGCUGUGAUUAAAAAUGCUGAUAUGGAAGAAAACAUGCAAAGAGAAGCAGUAGAUAUUGCUGCUCAAGCUUUGGACAAGUUUAACAUUGAAAAGGAUAUUGCUGCUCACAUUAAGAAGGAAUUCGAUAAGAAAUACAACCCAACUUGGCAUUGUGUUGUGGGUAGAAAUUUCGGAAGCUAUGUUACCCACGAAACUAAGCACUUUAUCUAUUUCUACCUCGGUCAAGUUGCCGUCUUGUUGUUCAAAUCAGGUUAA